AUGGCCCUUUUUUCCCUACUGGCCUACCAGGCAGUGCACCCCACCACGGUCAGCAAAUACAACUGUCACUUGCCCAUGAAUCGUUGCUGAUCUGUGUGUGUUGAUCUCUGCAGAUGACGAGCUUCGUGCGUUUGAAUGUCGGCGGUCGUGAGUUCAGUGUGGCGAAGUCCACGUUGUCACGCCACCCCGACACGCUGCUGGGGCAGCUGGUGACCAACGAGUCGACGGCCGAAUACCAGCAGAUCCAGCAAGGCCAGCCCGUCUUCAUCGACGCCGACCCCUCUCUCUUCCCCUGUGUGGUCGACUACUACCGACACGGCACGCCGAUACUCAUCGACAGCUCAGUCGACAAACGCAAGCUGAUGCGCGAGAUGCGAUUCUUCGGAAUCAACGUCAGCCAGAGUGAUAUGGAGAUGUCGGAAGAAGACCAAGCACUGCAAAAGGACGGGGUGGCUCGACGGAUGGCUAACAAGAUCGCAUAUGCAAUCCUGGGUCGCGUGCCCCGUCCAACACCCCCCAACAGUACAUACGUUCGGAGCCUUCAGGACCACGUUGUCGCCGCGUGUGAGUGGGUGGGGCCUGAUGCGGACUGGCUGAAGGUGGUCAGCUCGAAGGAUGACGUACAUCUGAUCAAGCAUUCCAUUCUGAUCGGAAUGGUGUCUGAGGAGCUUGACAAGAUGAUUGCGCCCAAGUAUAGGUCAAAUGUGAUUUUUCAUUGGGAGCCGAAGAUGCACGAUCACUUUUAUAUGGAGGUGAAGUUCUUGACGGUACGUGCGUCUGUCUGCACCUCACGAGUGCCGGGCCACACGCCAACGAUCAAAGGAUGUGUGUAUUGUUUGCGUUGUUUGCCGUGCUCUCAGAAUGAGGUGUGAGUAUGUUCGUUGCCCUCUCAGCGAAGAGCUGAUCCUUCUAUUGCACCCCCGUGUCCAUAGAUAUUCGGUGCGUGUCUUUCCAUAUGUGUGCCUUUUCUGACUCAGCAGACGACCAGGCAGGCCCAGGGGACUGGUCUGCCGUGCACUUUGCCUGCACCACACAGCAGCGAGUUAUGUGUCUCUGUGGGUGAUGGCGAUUGUGUGUUGCCUGUUUAGACUGUGCGUGUGCAAGAGCUACAUGCAUUCGUUGUUUCAUGCAAUGAGUGUUCGUGUGUGCCUGAAGUACGAAUGUAGCCACUGGGAAGGAAUCCAG